AUGAGCCACACAGCGGAGGACCUGCUGAUCAUCUAUCAGACUGAGGCAGAGCCAUGGGCAACGUACCUGAAGUCAGCCUUCACCGGCCCCAUCCCAGAGGCUGGCAUCUGCUGCUACGACAUCGCCACGGCGUCCAGUCGACAGGACGACUUCCUCAGGCUCGCCGGCUACAGCUGCAAAAUCCUGAUCCUCUGCAAAGGCAUGCUGGACGGCCUAAGUCUGAUGUGGCGCUUCUUCCUGGCCCGUGUGUUGAGCCCUGCCUCUCAGGUGGUGGUGCUGCUGUGUGGCGUGGACAGUCUGACCCCGCUGCUGGAGCUGGUGCCCUUGAAUGGUGACGAGUGCCUGCAGAUUUCCAGCGAACAAGACGCUCAUGAGUACCUAUCCACUGUCACUGAUAUUGUGAGAAAAGGUGUGUCAGCCAGAGCAGCAAAUGUCAACCCACUGACACGUAAACCCUUUGGAUCAGAGCAGAAGUCCACAGUCCAAGGUAUCGGUUGCAGAGCUGUGGUCGUUCCUUCCAGGGUUCCCUGCGGGACCUCUACGGAAGUGUUCAUCCUUUUGGAAAAUGAGGCUCCUGGCGGCGACACUGAGGUGGAGUUUGCUGGUGAAUGCCAGGCGCUGCGAGUGAAGCCCGUCCACUGGAACGACAGAGCCCUGUGUGUCAAUGCACCAGAUUUUCCUGCUGGAAACGUCAGCGUGACCGUGUAUAUCAACGGAGUGCCACUGAGCAAGGCACAGCUGCAGUACUACAGCAACAUGGAGGAAAUCGCGUGCCUUCUUUCGAGGGUUGCAGACCCCGUGGAUUUCAUGUGUCAGGCUCUUCAGGUGCCGUGUGUGGAAAAGCUGGACGACAAGUUGUCCACCAUGCUGCUGGAGGCGAUGCCCAGCGGAGGCUUCCCUGCACGGCAGUGUGACAACAGGGCUGAAAGAGGUACACUCCACCACGUGGGCUCGCCAACCUUACUUCACUUUGCCGCCCAGUAUGGACUCAUGGGCGUGGCCAGCCUGCUCCUGCAGUGUCCAGGCGCCGACCGAGCGCUGCACACGGCCAAUCAGCGCGGUCAGACUCCCGCCGAGAUUGCAAGGAGUCACGGCCACGCAGAACUGGACGUCUUACUGAGGAAAACAAUGAAUAUUUCCAACCCCGGCGAGGACAAUGCAGAUUCCGUUGUGCACGGAGUGAUGUGCACUGCAGACAUGCAGAAAGAGGAGCCAGGAGAGGAUGAACAGGAGGACAUGGACGAUAUCUAUGCUUCGCUGGGGGUGAAUGAUGAAUAUGAAACCUUCAUGAACCCAACGAAGGCGAUGGUUAUUGCCAAUCGCCCACCAGCGCCCACUCCGCGGCCUGCGAGCCUGGAGGUGGAGGAGGACACAGCCUCAUACAUCACUCAAGUGUUCAAGAAGAAGAAAACCCCACAAGAAAAUGCUGAACUAUAUUCACUUCUAACUAAACAAGCACGAGGGCGAGAACCCAGCAUCUCUUCCACCUAUGACAACUUGGUAGAGAUGCAUGGGCUGCAGCAGCUCGCCGGGCUCCAGCAGAGGGUGAAGGCCGGUUCGCUCACUGUGGACGAGGCUCUGGAGCGUUUCAGUGACUGGCAGAGCGCUCAGAAGGGCAUGGACGCCACCCAGGAAGAGAAGUUGACUCAGCUGAGAGACGUUAUGAUAAAAAGCAGCGAGGACGACGACAGUGUCUAUGAUCAAAUCCACAUCGUUCAUCACGCUCCAGGUAAUCCGGCGAAGGAGAAUCGCAGAGCAAGCGUACCGUUGGAAGUUGGGGUUUACAGCAAGCCGCUCAAACAGCAGCAUCAACGCCUCAGCCUGGCAUCUGUUAAAGGGCACAGGUACACCGUCCUGUGCCCUUGUCCCGCCCUCGCCUAUUUGAUCGGGGGCCAAGCGUGA